GAUGUUACUCGAUAGAUAUUUGAUAUCGCACAGGACGAAAUGGUCGCUGUGAAGUGCAAGACGGAGUCCCUCGCCGGAUCGCUUUGGGUUGGUUCAACGGUUCAGCUGCAGGUGCGGCCCGUUCCCACCCCCUCCUCCCAACGCACGUUUGAGGUCGCACAUUUAAUGCAUGAAAUGCCGACCGAACUUGAAAGACGUUUUAAUGCUAGGCCCCGAUGCAGACGUAUAUUUGACCCAAAUACACAAGACUAGGUGGAUAAACUUUGAGUUUACAAAAUGUCAUGGAGAGCAAGUGCCGACUUUUCGCCAACCACGAAUAGAAGCGCGUUGGAGUGGUUAUACCAACAGCGUGAUAUACAUCUGUGCAGAUGUCCCUCAGGAGAAAGAAGGACUCUGGAAAGUGAUUCACACUGAUAGAACAGGCGGAGAAUCCCAUCCGACGAGUUCUUUCCAGUCACUCGAAAUGCCGGCAUGGGUACCUACC